AUGCUCCACUGGACCAUCACCUCGCGGGACGCCCUCAAGCUCGCAGUGGAGGGGCGGACUCUUUUCCCCUCAUCCCCUCAUCUCCUCAACCCCUCAUUCUCUCAUCCCCUCAAGCCCUUAUUCCCCUCUCCGUGUUCCCUCCCCCGCAGCUACAUGCUCCACUGGACCAUCACCUCACGCGACGCCCUCAAGCUGGCAGUGGAGGAGCGCAGCACCACCGGCGCGGGCGGCGGCGGGUGGCUGAUGCUGGCGUGGGCGCGCAAGGGGCAGCCCUUCCCCAGCGACGCCAUCUUCGGAAACCUCUUCGGGCAGCGUACCGUGGCAGCAUUCACCAUCAGCGGGCCCGGGGCGGCAGGCGCACAGCCGGCGUCGUUCACCCUGGGGCGGACGGCGUUCCGCACGACGUUCAACGGCGCCGUCAUGAAUCAGUGGACGGGUUACCGGGUGGUGGGCCUAUCAGGAGGUGGGUUACCAGGUUACCAGGUGCAUCGCACCAUUCUACCUGGGGCGGAUGGCACUUCCACGUCCUUGAGUGGUGCGGUCAUGAAGUUCUCCCGCCAGAGGGCGGAUGGGUCGGUGCCGGUGAGCUACUACGGCAGGAACCGCCUGCUGUGGGCCUUCACCACCGACUCCUCCGCCAACCCCACCCUGCCGCCCUUCUACCGGGGCAUCUCAGUCGUUGACUUCUCCUGCACUGCCGAUGGUGACGGUGAUGCCACAAUUCCCUCCUACGACUCCUCCCCCCCUCCGGCCACCCGCACUCCCUCGCCCCCGCCUUCCUCUAACUGCCUCGGCUCCCGCAAGACGUCUUGCUCGGCUUCCAGCCUCCCCGGCUACACGUCUGUGGUUACCCUGGGCAAGGGUCUAAUGCUGCACUGGAAGCUCCUCACCACCACCAGCGCCGCCUUCUGCCUGCAAGCCAAGGCAGGCACGGCAGCAGCAGCGGGGGGGUGGGUGUCAAUGGGGUGGUCCAAGGGCGGCGCCAUGGUCCCCGCUGACGCUGUCGUUGGCGCGCCUGGGGGCGCUGCCAAGACGUACGCUGUUACGAGCUACAGCUCUGUGGACCCCACCUCUCGCUUUGCCAUCACUGGGGGAUCGGUGAAUUCAGGCUUCAACGGCGUUCUGCUCAAGUAA